ACUUUUAUCGGAAGAUGUUGUAGAAGAGAAAAGAUCUCCGAGCAAAUCUAAAAAUUUGGAAAUAGUAAAGCAGGAGACGUUUAUGAGUAUUGUUGACCUUGAGGAGAGCUCCUCGGAGGACGAUGUUAAAGAAAUGAAGGUAGAAACUGCAGCUAUACAAGAAGAAGUAGACGCGACUAAAUCUGAUGAGUCCGGCAUUACAACUGUUGACGCAAAUGUUGGAGUUAAAGACGAAACUAUUGACGGUGGAGUGAAAAAGUCACCAUCAAAAACUGUAACACCAGAUAAAGUAGACGAAUCGAAAACACCCCCCCAUGGAGAUCCAACCGUAGUUAGUCAAGAAAGCAAGCCGAAGGCUCCAAUGGGUUUAGAAGUUUUCAGCCUCGAUUCCGAUGAAGACGAACAAACUGUACCUCGAGAAGUUGCUGAGGGUUCGCAAGCAGAACAAAGUCAGGAUGUCACAGAAGAGACGAAGGGCGAAACACUGAAAUGCAUCAACAGGUCAUGCCCGGGCGACGCUGGCGUUGAAUUCUACAUAGCUGACAACGAAGCGAUUAACUUCUUCGACGCGGACAAGAAGAAGCGCGGCUACGUGUGCCGGAACUGCUCUGAUGCUGUGGAGAAACGCAACCAGGAACUCAUAGACGGUAUCAAGAAUUUCACUCCGCUCCUGGAACUGGGUAUCAACAGGAGCGGGGAGGAGUUGGUCGAGAUAUCAGACUCGGAGUCUGAGGAUGAACCCGAACUCGACCAGGAUCACGUGCAGAUCAUCGGGGCAGAAGGCGCCAAGAUAGCGGAGGAGAAUCUCGCUUUAAUGAUAAACGAGACGUGGGAGAAAUUCAAAAUGGACGAACGUUUGACGGACACGCAGAACACGUUGCAGAAAGAAAUGGAAAAACUGCAAAAGGAGAGCGAGGAAAUCGACGAACUCCUCAAUGAAUGUCAGGUAGCGACGGACCAGCUCCGGAACGAGCUGUACGCGACCUUCGAGCCGGAUAUCCGGGAACUGCCGCCUUUUGUCAUAUACGAUAUGCCGAACUGCUCGUAUUCAUGCGUGGAACCCUCCCCAACGACAGAGCCGACCCCACUGAAACGAACUCGUUCCCCGUCCAAAGAGGUCCCGGCCAAGCGCCCCGCUAUACCGCUGGGGUAUGCGCCGUUAGAUGGAAAAAGUAGCGAGGAAUCGAAGAAUAUAACAGUGGCGAGCGAAAAGGCAGAGGACGAUAAUACGGACGUGUCCGUCGUAAAGCUGUCCGCGGAAUCGGCGCCGAAGGACCUGCCCCCGCCGGGGGAAGUCACGAUGACGCCCCUCAAGGCCGGCACGACGGUGUACGCAAUGAAGAACGCCUUCGGUUCCUGGCUCAAGGCGAAGAUCGUUGACAUAUUACCGAAGCCAGCUAAUUCAACGUUCACCCUGUGUCGUGUUAAAUUUGAACACAAAGUGACGAAGAACCUGUACAAGAUCUUGCCGGCGAGAUGCCUGGCGUACUACGAGCCCCCUGACGUUCGAAUGACAAUUGGUCGUCGUGUUAUAGCACUUUUCAAGGACACGAAUAAGCGUGAGACGUACUACUCGGGAAUCGUAGCCGAAAUACCAAAUCCGGUUAAUUCUUAUCGCUACCUGAUCUUCUUCGACGACGGCUACGCGCAGUACGCACAGCACGCACAGACGCGCCUCGUGUGCGAGUGCUCGUGCUUCGUGUGGGAGGAGGUGCACCCCUACUCGCGCGAGUUCGUGCGCCAGUACCUGUUCGCCUACCCCGAGCGACCCAUGGUGCGCCUGCACGCCGGGCAGAACCUCAAGACCGAGUGGAGGGGCAAGUGGUGGUCGUCGCGCGUGGUGCGCGUGGACGCGUCGCUGGUGGAGGUGCAGUUCCUGCGCCGCGACCGCCGCGAGUGGAUCUACCGCGGCUCCACCCGCCUGGCGCCGCUCUACCUCGAGCUGCAGGCGGCCGAGCGCCACCGCCCCCGCGCCGUGCCGCGCGCGCAGCCGCAGCCCCGGACGAACAUGCCGUACGUGGAGUACACGCGAUCGGAUGAGCAAACCAGCAAGGCCGAGCCGCAGUCUCCGCAGCAGCAGCAGCAGCGGCCGCAGCAACAGAAUGAGGAGAUGCGUCGCCAGCGUGCGGUCGCGAAGAAGUCGACCACCACCGUCCAGACGCCGCUGCCGCCCAGCGCAGACAACCUCGACAACGUCACCAGCAGAGUGGUGUAUUACACGCCAAAGAACGCGGUGAAACCUUACAAAAUGGUACCGCAUACAUGCUCGCCGAAAUGCAAGAGGACAGACGUCCUGGCACUCAAAGAUCUCCGAACCUACAACCCUUUGGCGAAACCGUUACUGAGCGGCUGGGAAAGGCAGGUGGUGCGCUGGAAGGGCCAGCGCUGCGUGCUGUACGUGUCGCCGUGCGGGCGGCGCACGCGCGACGUGCGCGAGCUGCACGCCUACCUGCGCGCCGUGCGCUCCGACAUGCCCGUCGACCUGUUCGACUUCUCGCCCGCCACGCACUGCCUGGCCGAGUUCGUGCUCAACAAGUGCUUCGUCGGCAAGAAGGACCUGUCGCACGGCAAGGAGAACGUGCCGGUCCCGUGCGUGAACUACUACGACGAGUCCCUGCCGGAGUUCUGCUCGUACAACACGGAGCGGACCCCCACGGCGGGCGUGCCGCUCAACCUCGACCCCGACUUCCUGUGCGGCUGCGACUGCGACGACGACUGCGAGGAUAAAACGAAGUGCGCUUGCUGGAAGAUGACUCUAGAAGGUGCUAGAACGAUCGGUCUGGAAGGCGAUAAUGUUGGCUACGUGUACAAGAGGCUGCCGGAGCCCUUGCCAUCGGGCAUUUAUGAAUGCAACUCCAGAUGUAAAUGUAAACACACGUGUUUAAAUCGCGUCGCGCAGCACCCGCUACAGCUUAAGUUACAAGUAUUCAAAACUCUGAACCGAGGCUGGGGUAUAAGGGCCCUUAACGACGUGCCCAAGGGGUCAUUCCUUUGUGUGUACGCGGGAAAUCUGCUCACAGAUGCGACGGCGAACUUGGACGGUCUGAACGAGGGGGACGAGUAUCUGGCCGAGUUGGACUACAUCGAGGUCGUGGAGCAGAUGAAAGAGGGCUACGAAGAAGAUAUACCGGAGAGCAUCAAGAAGCUCGAUAAGAAGGAACUAGAAUCAAAGGCCUCGGAAGAAACUGAGGAAGAUGAACAGUCUUCAGACGAAGAGAUGAGUAACAACAAGACAGAUCUAGAAGACGACGACUUCGAGCCGGGACAUAUUGGUCUCGGCCUCGCUGAGUUCAAUAAACGUUUACGAAAAAGGGAAUCCAAGAAAGAGAAGGAGAAGGAAAAAGAGGAGGCGAAUCAAAAGGAAGGUGAUAAAAAGGAUAUAAAGGAGGAAAAGGAAGCGAAUCCAGAUGAGGAGUGCAUUACCAUCAGUGAUGAUGAAGAAGUGAGAGAGCCGUCUUGCUUCACGGCGGCCGCUGGUAUGGGUGCGAAUGAAUUUGUAUCUAAAUACAGAUCAGUCCGUACGCUGUUCGGAGAAGACGAGGCGUGUUACAUCAUGGACGCGAAGGUCCAGGGCAACAUCGGGAGAUAUCUUAAUCACUCGUGCUCGCCGAACGUAUUCGUGCAGAACGUGUUCGUGGACACCCACGACCCGCGCUUCCCGUGGGUGGCGUUCUUCGCGCUGAGCCACAUCCGGGCCGGCACGGAGCUCACCUGGAACUACAACUACGACGUGGGCUCCGUGCCCGGCAAGGUACUCUACUGCCACUGCGGAGCCAGCAACUGUAGGGGGAGACUGCUGUAACUUAAGGUACCUAUCUGGCUGUUAAAUAUU